GCAAUGCAGUGGUCCCGCAACGAUACGAAACUGAUAACCUGUGGCUUAGAUGGCGCCAUAUACGAGUUCAACAUGAGGACCGGCGAACGGGAAAUGGAUAUUGUGCACCCCGAGAUCGUAUACGUGGAUUUAGCUGUGUCAAAAGACACCAGCCGUAUCUUCCCAAUCGCCCAGGACGGUCGAUUCAGAGAAAUCUUCAACCAAACGUUGUUCCGAAAUGCGAACAUUAACCGAGGGAGACUGGACGCUGCGGUGCUUUCGAAUUCUGAUUCAAUGUUAUUUGUAGCGGCUGAAAAUGGUUUGGUGUUGUUUAUAACAUUGCCGAUCGUGACCAAUAUUGAAUUUAGCGAGUACAGUAUGCACAACCAAUACAUUACUACAUGGAAUAGAGAAAGCCAGGAUGCUACAAGAACAGAAAAUACAAAGCCUUAUUGAUGAAUUCAACGUAAGACUCGAUGAAAAAGACGAAGAACUCCUAAAAAUCAAAGAAGACAUGAUAAAAGAAAAAAGCAACAUUCUCGCGUUGUUGGAUCAAAUCGAAGACGACGUGGAUAAAGAAUUUCUACAGAAAAAGACCAAUUACCUGACCAAAAUCAGAGAACUAAAGAAAGUUAAUAUGAAUCUGAGAGGCGAGUUGGGGUCGUACAAAAUGAAAACUAAACUUGCGACGGAAGAAGUGGAAGACUUGAGUCAUUUGAUUGAUAAAUACGAAGAGGACCUGGAACUGCUGCAAAUAUCAGUCAAUGAAAAGCGUAAUAUCAAACAAGAUUUAACCAAACAAAUCAAUAGCAAGGACGAGGUAAUACAAGAGAAAAAUAAUCAGCUUUUCGACGAGAAUCUCAAGUUGAAAGAACGGGAAAAAGAGUCAACAGUGAUGAAAGAAAACAUUAAAAGCCUAGAAGAGACCAUAGAGCCGCUGGUGUUGGAGAUGCAAGCAAAAAAAGAAGCCAUUGAAGAACUAGAAGUCAUACUAGAUGAUACAAACAUGAUCAUUGAGCGUAUGGAGUUGUUUUACACGGAACAACAAAAGAUCGGAAAGACCAUGGAGGGAGAAGUGCAAAAGCACGAGCAAAUUAUUCGAGAGAGUAAUAACAUUAUCAGUCGCAUGACCGUCGAAAUGCAUCACGUCAGUCAACAAUUACAGAAUCCAAUCAUGUUAAGAGAUGCGGUUGCGAGAUUAUAUCACAAAUACGCUGAUGAAACGUCAUUUAGCGGGACCAAGGGCGAAGAAUUGGACUCCAGAGUUGAAUUUUCCCGACAAAGGCAGUUGCUAGAGAACAAUGUGGUCUCUCUAAGGAGCCGGAUGGACGUGUGCAGUAAAAAAAACGAAUCUUAUUAUCAAAUGAUGGAAGAAAACAUGGUGCUCAUCGAAGAGGUCAACAAGUUGAGAAAAGAUGUCAAAGACUAUCAUGUCAAGUAUAAUAAUCUAGAAAGCCUUUUGAAAAUUGAAGACAACAAAAAGUUAUCUCCCAGACAAGCCAGAAUGAUGUUGGAAACAGUCACUACGGUAGACGCAUUUGAGAAAAAAUACAGGGAUCAAAUAGACGAUCUACGAAAUAAAGUUAGCGUAUUAGAGUCCGAAUUGAACAGAGUCUCACAUAUAGCGACCAAAUGACUAUUAUGUAUUUGGAAAUCAUUUUAUUUAUUAUUUACUUAUUUAUCUACUUGAG